AUGUCUAACGGCGGAAGGAACUUCUCGUUUGAGCCCCAAGAUGACCGCGGUCUGAAUUCAGAUGCACCAUACGCACAGGCACAGGCACUUCCGCCCCAGUCUUACACACCCUCCUACCAACAGCCGUACCAGGGGCCACUCGACAGAGACUUUACUUCUCCGCCACCUCGAUACGCCUCCGCCUCUCCAAGUCGCAGUCAGCAACUUCCUCCUCCUUCAUCGCCUCGCCGGCGCCCUGACCCUCCAGAUGCCCAUCUCCUGAGCGACCUCUCCCCUCCCAAGGCCCUUGCGAGACACGCAGUACCUACAAGUGCCGACGACUUCGGCGCCCCCCCUCCUCCUCCACACAGAGCCAGUCCGAGCCGACAUUCCAGUGCCGAACCUCAGCAUUACCGAACCUACUCUGACGCGACCGCGGGGAUGGACAAUUACGGUGACAGACCGGCAUAUCCUCAGUCCUAUGCUCCCUACCAACAGCAGGCCGCGUCGCGGCUGCCAGAUCGAUCCUCCUACGGCUCGACAUUCGCUCUUGCCCAAGGCGCCGCCACGCCUGGUAGAUCAUCUCCUGCUCCCUCAGGUCACAGAUCAUCUGCAUACUCCGGCAGAGGCAUCCCCUUGGAGGACUAUCACUCGAAUUCGAGCCGAGCUCCGUCAUAUCCCAGCUACCACGACCUGCCCUACCAGUCAAGCAAUCCUGGAGGGCUGAUGAAUCAGGCGAGCAUCAACCCAAACAAUAUCCUCGACGACGCCGACGAUGGUUUCCCACCCCGGGACCAGCAAAGGGACGGUGGCAGGGGCUUCGCCGCCCCUGUCGCUGCCGCUGGUGCCGCCGGUUUUCUGGGAGGGCUCUUUGGCCGGAAAGCAAAAAAUCAUACUGCCAGUGGCACAUAUAACGCGAUUGAUGGGCGGCCCCAGCCCGAGAAGAGCCCAUGGUUAUCAGAGCAAACCAAGGGAAAGAGAAAAAUGAAACUUUGGGUGGGCAUCGCGAUUGGAUUGGUCAUUGUCAUCGCCAUCGUGGCAGGAAUCGUGGGUGGUGUGCUAGGGAACAAAAAUUCGGACGAUUCGGGCUCCUCCAGCGGCGACACUAGCAACGCUGCCUCGGACACCGCAGCCAACGGCGACCUCGACAAGAACUCAGCUGAAAUUCAAGCUCUCAUGAACAAUAAGGACCUUCACAAAGUAUUUCCUGGGAUGGAUUACACACCCUGGGGAACACAAUAUCCGCUGUGCCACACGUAUCCUCCUUCGCAAAACAACGUCACCCGUGACAUGGCAGUCUUGUCGCAACUGACCAACGUCGUCCGACUUUAUGGGACUGACUGCAAUCAGACUGAGAUGGUGCUUCAUGCGAUUGACCGGCUUGAGCUCAGCGAUAUGAAGGUGUGGAUGGGUGUGUGGAUCGAUACCAAUCAGACCACCAUCGACCGCCAGCUGGACCAGAUGUACAAGAUCCUAGCGGAGACUAAAGAUCUCUCCAUUUUCAAAGGCGUCAUCGUCGGCAACGAGGCUCUCUAUCGUGCAGGCGAAGACAAGGCACAGUCUGAGCAGGAAUUGAUCACUUAUUUAGGUGAUGUCCGAGCCAAGUUCAAGUCCCUCGGUUAUGAUCUCCCUAUCGCGACUUCUGAUCUCGGCGACAAUUGGAACGCCCAACUUACGCAAGCGGUCGACUAUGUCAUGUCCAACAUCCAUCCAUUCUUUGCCGGUGUGACGGCAGAGGUUGCUGCCGGCUGGACUUGGGAUUUCUGGCAGAACCACAAUGUUAUUUUGACUGAGGGCAUGCCCAACGUCAAGCAGCUCAUCAGCGAGACCGGUUGGCCCAGUGGAGGUGGCAAAGAUUGCGGCGGUAUAGAUGGCUCCUGCCAGCCCGGUCAAAGCGGUUCCGUCGCCAGUGUUGAUGGCAUGAACACCUUCAUGGACAAUUGGGUGUGCCAAGCACUGCAGAACGGUACAGACUACUUUUGGUUUGAAGCAUUCGACGAGCCCUGGAAAGUCAUCUACAACACCGAUACCCAACAAUGGGAAGACAAAUGGGGGCUUAUGGACCCAGGCAGGAAUCUCAAGCCUGGGCUGAAGAUUCCCGAUUGCGGCGGGAAAACUGUUGGAUCAUGA